ACCCCUCUUCCUUUAUUCAAGGCCGCCAGAGAAUCUCUCUCUCUCUCUCUCUCAGCAGCAGAUACUGAUGGAGUCUCCGACGUCGACCUCUCAAAAUCUACUCUCUCGACCUCGACCUCAGUUGAUGGUUCAUAGCCGCCGUCGCUUUUCGAAUCCACGGAGUUCCCAUUAUUUUUCUUCAAAAUACAAGAAGAAUCUCUCCAUCCGCGCCUCCUCCUCCUCUUCUUCUGGAGAUUCAACUGUCACUCUUCUCGAUUACGGUGCUGGAAACGUUCGAAGUGUGAGGAAUGCCAUUAGAUACCUCGGCUUCGAUAUCAAAGAAGUGCAAAGACCAGAUGACAUUCUUGCUGCAAGCCGCCUUGUGUUUCCUGGGGUUGGAGCCUUUGGAUCAGCUAUGGAUGUGUUAAAUCAGAACGGAUUGGCUGAAGCACUGUGUACGUACUUAGAGAAGGAUCGUCCCUUUUUGGGGAUCUGUCUUGGACUCCAGUUGCUUUUUGAGUCCAGUGAAGAGAAUGGUCCAGUCAAAGGUCUUGGUUUGAUACCUGGCACUGUUGGCCGUUUUGACUCAUCAGAGGGUCUCAGGGUACCUCAUAUUGGUUGGAAUGCACUGCAAGUUACUAAAGGAUCAGGAAUAUUGGAUGAUAUUGGAGCUCGCCAUGUCUAUUUCGUCCAUUCAUACCGUGCAAUGCCCUCAGAUGCUAAUAAGGACUGGAUAUCAUCAACAUGCAAUUAUGGUGACACUUUUAUUUCUUCUAUCAAUAGGGGAAAUAUAAAUGCAGUUCAAUUUCACCCUGAAAAGAGUGGAGGCGAACCAUACACUUAUUUGCACCUCUUUCCAGAUGUCGGCCUCUCAAUAUUGGAAAAGUUUCUUAAUCCAUCUCAAUUUUCAAGGAAAAAGAAACCUACAAGUGGGAAGGCAUCAAAACUUGCAAAGAGAGUAAUAGCAUGCCUUGAUGUGAGGACAAACGAUAGAGGGGAUCUUGUAGUAACCAAAGGGGAUCAGUAUGAUGUCCGCGAGCAUUCAAAUGAUCAUGAGGUUAGAAACCUUGGCAAGCCGGUGGACCUUGCGGGUCAAUAUUAUAAAGAUGGGGCUGAUGAAGUUAGUUUUCUGAACAUAACUGGCUUCCGUGACUUUCCUUUGGGAGAUCUACCAAUGCUACAGAUUCUGCGCUACACAUCUGAACAUGUUUUUGUCCCACUAACAGUUGGAGGCGGUAUAAGAGACUUUACAGAUGGGAAUGGGAGGUACUACUCGAGUUUGGAAGUGGCAUCAGAAUACUUCAGGUCUGGUGCAGAUAAGGUUUCAAUUGGAAGUGAUGCAGUUUUUGCUGCAGAAGAAUAUUUGAAAACUGGGGUAAAGAGCGGAACUAGCAGCAUAGAACAAAUCUCUAGACGCUAUGGAAAUCAGGCCGUGGUUGUAAGUAUUGAUCCUCGCAGAGUGUAUAUUCGGAGUCCUGAUGAGGUGAAAUUCAAGUCUGUAAAACUAACUAAACCAGGUCCACUAGGAGAAGAAUAUGCAUGGUACCAGUGUACGGUAAGUGGUGGACGUGAGGGUCGACCAAUUGGAGCUUAUGAGCUUGCAAAAGCUGUUGAAGAUCUUGGAGCAGGGGAAAUAUUACUCAAUUCUAUUGACUGUGAUGGUCAAGGGCAGGGAUUUGAUGUAGACUUGAUUAAACUGGUAUCUGAUGCUGUCAGUAUACCUGUAAUUGCAAGCAGUGGUGCAGGAUCCGUAGAACAUUUCUCUGAGGUCUUUCAGAAAACAAGUGCUUCAGCUGCGCUUGCUGCUGGCAUUUUCCAUCGCAAGGAGGUUCCCAUCUUAUCUGUGAAGGAGCACCUGCAUAGCGAGGGCAUAGAGGUCAGAUUGUGAUGGUUGUGACACCAGCAUCAUCGAGCAAUCCCCAAGCAAUAACUUGAUGAGGAAUGUUCCCUAUCCUGACCAUAAAUAAUGGCACUCCUCCACGGCAAUUUGCAUUGCGGUUUAGACUGCGGCAAUGAAUUUGUCAGCCAAAUACAUUUAAGCAUCAUCUGGCCCCUGAUGGUAACGUCUUCUGUUGUCAAGAUAUGCGUCCUUUGUGUUACUUCAUAAUUUAUGUCCCUGCAUUAGGUUCUGCUUGGGUAAUCAAAGACGGAAACUAGCAAAAUUGUCCAACUUUGAGCAGAGUUAAAUUUUUUUUUUUUUUCUGAAUUAGCUUCUCCUGAAUUGUAUGACUUGUAGCUGUUGACAGCAUCUUUUUGUAUUGAUUGACACCUGUUUUAUUUAA